UCUACCGCGACACUCGCGCCACGAAUUUCCCACAAAAUUCAGUCGUAAAUACACCAAAAAUAUUUUUAUUUUUUUUGUGUUAUACAUUUUUCAACAAUUUCGACGUGUCUACUACAAAGUCAUCGAUAUUUGUGAAUCAAGAGUAUGGAUACCGAAGACGACGAAGACAAUAAAUCACGUCACGAGUGUAUUGAAUUUGGAACGGGCCACAAAUAAAUGGAAAUAACCGAAUAAAAUCGAUCAUAUUAAGUAACUAUGACAAUCACUUCGGUACAGUGGAUGUGUUGUGGUAUCGUGUUGCUGGUGGCUCUGUGUUCAGGUGGUCGGCAAUACGGAACACGAAAAAUUAGACACGAUCACAAAAGCCAGGACGAGGGGACGCAACCAGACAUCGAUUUUGAAUUUGAAACGACCAAAGGUUUUCAAUUUGAAAACAUCGGAGAUUACGACGAUCCAUCCGAAGAAGGGAUCACUUUGGACGUCAUUCACAGUUUGUACGAUACCAGGAAAGGUGUCGUGCCCAAUAUAAUUUAUCAAGUUAGGGUGAACUGCUCGGUUGCCGCCUCGACGUUGUACAAUUAUACGAUCACUAUGAAUGGCAGACUAUUGGCUCGGGGAGGUCAAUCGGACGCUGACGGUGGAUGCAAUCUCCUGAAGUUUGACUGGUCGGCGACGACGGCCGAUCAACAAUCGCAUAAAUAUUUAACGUUUAGAUUAGAAUAUAGUACAUUAGGAGCACCAGAUACCAACCAGUUCAAAAAGAGAAUACAAAUACUAAAAGACUGCGAGCUGUACCUGUUGCCCGCCGAAUCGGGUCGGCUGUCGUCCAGGGACCUGCCGCCGGUCCGCGGACCUCAGCAACAGCAGUGCGUGGUCAGGUUCGCGCAGCGUCACCGCGCCCGGUUGGUGAUCGACAUCGUCAAGCUGAACGUGCCGUGCAAACGCGGCUGGCUCCAGGUGUCCGGCCGCCAGCCGGUGUGCGGAAAGCUGGAGGACCUGCGCGAAGCCGACCGGCACUACGUGCUGGACGCGGGCUGGUCGCCACCGCCGCCGCCGGCCAUCACGUCCACGGUGAACCGGUACGCGUUCUCCAUCGUUUACCGGUUGGCCGCCAACUGUUUCGACAACGACGUGGCCCAGCAGAACGGCACCGUCGUGUUCACGCCCGGUUCCGAGUGCCGGUACAAGGUCACUCAGCCGUACGGUUACCGGUUGCGGUUGCUCAUCGACUCUGUGCCGUUCGGUCACCAGACCGCGGACCCGGACGCCGCCGUCACCGCCGACUACGACCACGCGGCCACCACCUCCAAACCCAUUACGAUCGACACACUUCCAAUUCAUCAGUCAACCACCACAUGUCCGGGCACAUUGUUUCGGCUCACUGAUGGCGCAGUCGGGUGGUUCUACUGCGCACCAUCCGACGGUCCCAGGCGACAGAUGUCUAUGAUAUCUGAGACGAACGUAGUGGUGAUGGAGUCAUCGUCCGCAUCAAUACAUGUGCCAACGCUAGUGGUGUCGUACCGGGCCGAACCGAUACCGGAAGUGGUGUCCCAGUGCCCGUACGGUUCAGUGUCGCUUAGGGCGGGCCGGUGUCUAACCAUCGUUAAUGAAUUGCUCAACUGGGAAGACGCCGAAGAAUAUUGCACUCAAAACGGCGGUGGAGGUCAUUUGGCCAGCAUCGACAGUUAUCGUACGCAAAUGCUCAUCGACACAAUAUUGAUCAAUAGCCCGAGUUACAGUGACAACGCCCCAUAUUGGAUCGGAGCUACGGACAUGAACAAUGAAGGGUUUUUUAAAUGGACAGAUUCAUCGCCGUUCACUUAUUCCAAUUGGUAUCAAGGACACAUACACCAACCGUACAGUGGUCCAAACUCAAAACAGCCUAACGACGAUGGACUUAGUAGACAGGAUUGCGUUGAGCUAAGACAAGUGUACAGGCCCCAAAACCGAUUGCUCAAGUACUUUAAUCGAAAUUCAUCUUAUACUUGGAACGACCGUGAUUGCUCUGUGAAAAAUCGAUUUCUAUGCCAAACACAACAGCACACUUCUUUAAACGACAAUGAUCCAGACGAAUCGACUUGUAAUGUCACGAUAAAAUUAACUAGUGAGAUGAGGUUUGCCUCAAUCUCAAGUCCCGGUUUUCCACAACCUUAUCCUGAUAACCAAGAUUGCACUUUCAGUGUGGAAGUGCCACGAGGUUAUCAGAUUGAAGUUGAAUUCGAAGAACUCACAUUGGAAAAUGAAUCUACUUGCAGUUACGAUUACGUGGAAUUAAUUCCGGGUGAUGACGAUGAGGGUCCUAAACAUUGUGGUGACAAGAGCGACGUACUCAAAUUAACUAGGUUCGUCACGAAAAGGACCAAGUUGAGGAUACAUUUCGUGUCUGACUAUUCACACGCGUUCAGCGGAUUCAAGGCUCGCGUAUCAGCCGAACACGUCAACAACGAGUGUGACGAUGCGAGACAGCAAAUGUUCAAUGGGUCGUGUUAUUUGUUUGCCAGUUACCCGGAAGUGUCUUGGCAUACCGCUAGGAGUAUCUGCAAUGGAAUAAAAGCGGAAUUGUCGAGCAUUCAUAAUGCCGAGGAAGAACAGUUUGUCGAAUCUUUUAUCCGAGAAUCGACGGACAGCAGAUCCGCAAUUUAUUGGUUGGGUGCAACGUGGAAUGAUAAAUCCUGGUACUGGGUGGACAACUCAACAGAAACGUUUUCAGCUUGGUUGGCAACCGACGCUAUGAACGCAUUUACGUACAAGGAUAUGUGUCUUGCGAUUAGUUGGCUAUCAUCGCCACCCGUAAAUCUACCUAGGGGUCUUUACUGGACCGCCAACGACUGUAACACGGUCGGAGGAUAUAUUUGUAAAAAAAAUCAAACAAAAUUAUCGGAUCAUUACAAUUUAAACACCACGAUGUCCGGCGUAAAAGGAAUAAUAACGUCGCUAAAUUAUCCGGCCAAUUAUUAUCACAACUUGGACUAUUGGAUACACGUUAUUGGCCCGUAUCAGUCACGCAUCGUGUUUCAGUUUGAUUCAAUAAAUAUUGAACCACAAGCCGAUUGCCUUUACGAUUUCGUUUCCGUGGUGGAACCAAAAGAACGUGAAAACCGAACAAUGACGGUUUGCGGUUACCGCGGGAGUCAUCUGGAAGAUUACAUCUUCGUUACCGAUUCAAAUGAGGCGUUUGUGCACUUCCAUUCUGACUACUCCGUAUCCAGUUCAGGUUUUCAUCUCCAGUGGAACACCGUCGACAUGUCCGGUUGCCCGUCGCAAACGCUGUCCGCUCUUGAAGGACAAGUUGUUAGCCCUAACUAUCCUAACUUCAUACUUCCAAAUCUCAACUGUGUCACCAUGAUACUAGCACCAGUUGGUCACCGUAUAUGGAUCGAUUUUAUUGACUAUAACUUAGACGAAUCCCAAACAUUUAAGUUGUAUUUGUCGAGAACCGCAGACAAUAUAACUCCGUUUAGAUAUCGGAAUUCAAUUAACGAUGGUGCAUUUUUGUCGGAAGGCGAGAGCGUUAACAUCGAAUACUCUACAAAUCGCUUACCAAGGGGGAGAGGAUUCAAAAUAGUGUAUAAAAUGGUGGUGGACUUUGACGAAGAACGCGCGAUCGUGCUAGAGAAUGACACAUUUGGAUUCAUGUACAGAUUAAAUUAUCCAUUGCCGAUGCACUUUCCUAAAUUGCGAUACAAACAGAGGCUAUUAGCUUCGAUCGGGCACAACAUUCAAUUGCAGUUUAACCGAGUGGUGCCAGCGCAAAUGGACACGGCGUUAGGCCGUACCGUAUGCCCGGGUCAACAGUCCACGACUGUUAUCGAGAUCCAUGAUCAUUACGCCGCUGAGAAUGGAACUUGGUGGCUACUGUGUGAAAAUAUUGAACAACCAAAGUCUGUGCCGAUAUCGAUCACUUCGUUUCUCAACUCGAUGUCUGUAGUCGUUGUUUAUGGUCAGAAGCCUGCAAUGGAUAUAGCAUCCGCAAAUAUUUCAGUGAACGUAAAACCCGAUGCUGAAUCCAAAAAGAAACUCAUUGCCUUGGCAAAGAUUCCAGAAACAGUCAACAGCACUAGAAUAGAGUCUUGUAAGCCCAAUCCUUGCGUAAACGGUGGUACGUGUAUCACCCGAAAAGCCACGCAUACGUAUCACUGCAAGUGUCACGGAAACUAUACUGGAACGUUCUGUUCGCUUACGUACUGUGAUUUGGGAUAUUGCGUUUUUGGUGAAUGCAUCUUAACUGGUAGUAAUGGCUUCAAAUGCAAAUGCCAAUACGGAUAUAUGGGACGAUUUUGUGAUGAAAAGAUCAAACCAUGCGAACUCAAUCCAUGCAAGGACCGAGGCGAUUGUGUAUCGUUGGGCGAUUCCGAUUAUCAGUGCAGGUGUUAUGCUUACUGGACGGGUGAUCAGUGCGAGAGGAAAAUGCUGCACAUCACGUACAAGCCGUUAACGGAGCGAAUGCUUCAAGAACCAUUUUGGCUGGGUCUACUAACCGUGUUCGUGGUCAUGGGCAUACUGGGAAUAAUAUGGUGUGCUAAACGUCACGUACCUGAAAAAAUUGAGAAAAUAUUAUCCGAAGAAGCCGAACGCAGUAGACACUUUACAGUGAAUGCUUCCGGGCGGAUGUCGAGCGUACGGGGAGAACUCCUGGUGCCGACUGUGAAAACAAACGGCGCGACACCAUCGGAGGGUGGUAACUCGCCGCCGCCGCAGCCGAAAACGUUCCUCAGACGAUUGGGUAUACGAAAACCUUCAUUAAUGAGCCUCACCAGUCCGUUACAGACGGGCCGGACGGCCCGUACGUUCAGCCUGGACGAUUUGCUCAGGCCACAAGUUCCGAGAUUCAAUCAAUACCGCGCCAAACAAAAAAGCGUUUCGCCAUCAAAAUUUCGUACCACUAUAGCAGAUAAAUCAGAAAUACUUCAACAGCUCAUAUCACCUGGGCUCGAACGACAAGCCAGUUUUAACGACGAAAUAAAUUUAGUUGACAAGCUAUCGACUAAUAAUAUCGGACCUAACGAUAUACUCUUACCACAGUCAAAUAUUUCACAAGAAACGAGUUUUUCAAACGAUUGUUCAAUAGACGAAGCUGUUCAAAAAAUUGAAAAGAAAGUCACGUUUGCAAGGCUAAUGAAUAAAUUUCAAUCAGAAAUGAGCUCUACAAGUUCAGAAGUAGAUGCUCAAUCUAAAAAAACUUUGAGAAGGCCAUGUCCCAACCAAGGCAGUGAUUCUUUGUCCAGUCUAGAAGGUGUACUAGAGAACCGAAAUCCAAAUACAUUGUCGCUAAACCAAUACCAGCAACAAACGGGUCAAAAAGGUCAAAAAGCAAUGAGUGCUGAUUCGAUUUUGGCCAUGUUCCGGAAUUUUAACACAGCAAUGGCAAUGACGGAAAUGAGUAAUUACUUAUCAGCAUCUACAACACCAAGUUGCUCUAGUCUGCAAGACGAAGUAGUAGGCAGCGAAGACGAGUCGUUGAUGUCUAAUACUGUUCAUUCACCAAGUGGUGGCAAAGAAUCCCCUACGCGAUAUCGUUAUUCCAACGUAAUUCAACUACCUGUGGUGGACAUGUUGAGUUCGCAACGAAACAAUUCAAAUAAUCCACUGAACAGCUUACAACAUCCACCGUCCAUAUUACUCGAAGUGCCUAACUAUCGUAUGGACUGUUUAUCACCGAUACACGAGCUACCAACGCCGGCGCCAUCGCCAUCUCCCACGCCCAUCAUAUCAAGAAAGUCAGCGUUCAGUUGUCUAAAGGAUAUGGACAACUACCACCACCAUCAGCAGCAGCAGGAACCACCGUCCUUAGAAGUACCAAUCGAACUACCAGCGGCCCAAGCUAAAAAAUUGACCAUACCCACGUUGGUCAUACAACAACCGACACCUAUAAAUUCACCAAGUAUGGAAUUCCCCGGGUCUCCACCACCACAUAAAGAGAAACCACUCAACAGAAAAAUGUUGAAAGACAUGGAGAAGCCAAUAUCGUUGGACCUUCCCGCACCACCACCGGUCAUCACCGUUACGUGUAUGAGCGAUUCAGAUACAGAGUCUGUGACCACAAAAAACGGUACGGACUCGUCAAAAAAUGGAGGAGGCAUGUGUUACCUUAGUCCAUUUUCUAUGUGUUCCCGUGCCGACAGAAUAGCCUCGGAAUCGAAUCUUAGCUCAUCUGGAUAUAGCUCGGGCCCGUCCCGAUGCAACUCGAACACCCGACUGUGUCCGCUGGACUGCGGAGAAGAACCAAGACGCAUAUCGCCGCUGAUCCACACGCCCGAAAUCAGAGAAAUGGAUUCUGAGACAACGUUCUCCGAAAACGAUGAUGAGGGUUUCGACACGGAAACGGCGGAUUCGAAAACUGACCAUCACUAUCGAAAUAUGGAACUUGAAGCGGAAACGCAAAAAUCCGGUAUGACCACCACUGGCCUCAAAGUUUACACUUCUGGUUCUGAACCAGAAGCGCUUGGUCGUCACCCACAGCAGCAGCCGGUACCGUCAAUCACGGUUCAACAGUAUCCGUCUACACUGCAUCUAUCGACGGACAUGCUUUACGAGAAGAGCCCAGUGAGUUCGAGAAGUGAAAGCCCGCUUAGUGACAAGACAGUGUUCAGGUUUUCACCUAUGUUCUAUGGCCGCAUUACUGAUUCGGACAGUAUAUACGACUUUACGAGUUCAGAUUGCGCGAUGAAGAAACGGACAGGCAAGAAGAGAGAGCGAAAGAGGAGACACUUCAGCAGUGGCAGCGGGAUAAUCGGGGGAUCUGCGUGUACCACUCCGUCGGAAACGUUGGCGUAUGGCAACAACGUUCUGUUAUUGGACGUGCCUGGAAAAAACGACAAGAAAAAGCCCAGGUCCAAACCGAAUAAUACUAGGAGACGAUCCCGGUCUCAGCAGACGAUAGUGCCGAGCUCAUCGUCGUCUACCGACAGCUUAAACGACACUACUAAGGUUAGUUACGGUAAUAGACACAAACGUUCCAGUGAUUCAAUGAAAAGAAAUCAUUCGUCUGAAAAUUGGUCAGACCGCGGUAAGAGCGGCGAAGACAAGAAAACUUCCAAGAAAAAAACAAAGAGUAAUCGCACAGAAAACCGAAAAUUGAGAUUUCAAAACAAGACCGUCAGCGAUCAAGGGCAUUACGAAUCCGCACACGAUGAAGAGAACAUUUCAAGCUUCGCGUCAUUACCGUCGUUGCUGUCUAUCGAUAACCGUGGUGCAGUUCCUGUAGAAGAGUUGACUAUUACGAAUAAUAAAUGCAAAAUCAUAACACCGAGGUUUCAAAAAAGAGUUAUCGCUUCCGAUUAAGUCUCCCAUGUUUACCGCAGUGUUCUCAGAUUUUGUUUCGACAAAAGUUUCGAGUGUAUAGUUUAGGAAUUCAAACUGCCGUUCAAUUGUAAUGCGCUUAUAAUAUAUAAAAUAUGUUUAUAAUAUUGUAUAACGUGAAUUUUGUUUGAUGUUGAGAUACUCAUCAGUUUCAGUCAAUUUUUUUGAUUUAAAAGAAAAACAUGUUUUCUGUAGAAUAUGAAGUAAAUAGGUAUAUGUGUAACUAUAGAAGAAUUGUAUUCAAAAAUGUUUACACAUAAUAUAAAUGUAAGAAAAAUAAUUCUCUGUUCAGUAAUAUUUCAUCAGUGGUUUAUUUGUUUUCUUCGAAAUCAGUUUUAGGACAUUUCAUAUCCUGAAAAUAAUAAAUAUUUUUCUAUUUUUUAUGGUGUACCUAUCAAAUAUUGUUAAAAAUUGUAUAAAAUAUUAAAUACUACCAAUUCAAUGUGUGAUACGUAUCUUAUAUCAACAAUUAAAAAAAUAUUUUUCUUCUAAAUAAUAAAUUUUAAAUACGGGUUGCUAUUAAAAAAAAUAUUCACGAAGAAAUAUUACUGACAAUUUAAGCUUACAACAAUUGACGAAGCAAAUUAGUGUUUGCAACGUAUAAAAACCACUUUCUAUACAUAUAGGUGGUAUAGACAAUCUGAGACACGGUAUCCAAUCAUAAUACUACCAAAUAACCUUUACAAACUGUAGCAAUAAAAUAUUGUUUUUUUAAAAACAGUGUAGGGUAUUUUAAUAAUAUUAAAAUUAUAUAGACUACGAAACAUAAUGCCUUACUUUUCUAUCGCUUUUCGAUUAGUAAAAUCUGUGAUAUUUUAACGUUAAGUUUUACCGUUAUUUUGUCAGGAAAAGGCCAAUAAUUGUAUUUAACUAUUUAAUAUUUAUGAUAUAAUGUUUACUAGAGUGCCUCUUUAAUUAUUAUUGAAUUGAUGUAAAAUUGUUUAUUAUUACCUACCUACUGAAUAUAUUAUAUUUAGGCUAGAGGUUCUUGCUCAUUCACUCGACUGUUAUUUAGGUAAAUCACGCUUUACUUUUGUAAUUUCUAUAAUAUUUAAUAUUAAUAAUAUAUAUAUAAAUUCUAUAUUAAUUAAUAUUACGUGUGUAUUUAAUGUACGACUUUCUAGAUUAAAUGAUUCGAAGUUUGAAAGAACAUUAUAAUAGAAAGAAUUGUGUUUAAAAUUAAUUAUUUAAAUGUUAAAUGAAUCAUA